UCAGUUACAAUGUGCCUUCAGUUGUGAAAAGUUGUGUUAUAUGUUUCUGCUUAUUUUUUCGUAGUAAUUCAUUGUUCUCUAUCUUUAUUUUUCUAAGACACUCUUACAAACGGAAUAGGAAAUGGUCGGGGAGAUCUUUCGUGAAGCAGGCAGUGCCUUCAAUAAGUUGUCGGAAAUGACGAUGCUGUUACAUCCAGUCGGAGAUUCACAACCAGGUGGCAAAUGGACGGAAGAAGAAAUUGAGAUGCUACGGUCUUGCGUCCACCGUUUUGCCGUCGAUCUCAAUAAGCUCGGCCAGCACAUCAAGAGCAGAACAGUAUCUCAAAUCCGCACAACACUAAAAAAGAAGGCUUUCGAGGACGCAAGUAUACCAGUACGUCAGGUUAGCAACUCAGUGAACAACGUACCACAAACAACACAGGUAGUGUCGUCCCUGAGCCUCCUUCGACCGAACAUAUUAGGAAAGAACGCCGAGGUGACACUGAACAUGUUAAACGCCCCUGAGAACGAAGUAGAUGUCGAGGGUCUAAAUAACGACGUCAAGCUGGAGUUCGAAGCGGGAAAUGAAGAAGUGGCCACCUGAAACCUGCUUUGCUUCACGUAGGAUCACCCCGGAUGAUGAUGAUGGUGAUGGACUAACCCCAUGGUUAAAAAAAAAUUACGUCACAUUUUUGAUUUCAUAAGGAAACACCAUGUGACCUAAUUUAUUCACUAAUGCUAGCAUAGGCUGAGUUUAAAAAAAUCAGUGCGAAACUUACGCCAAAUGAAUUUGUUUGGGAAUGGGAUUCAUGUCACGUGACAACAAGUUCGUCUGGCGUUAACGUUUCUCGCAGUGUUUUUAUCUCGACCUGAUGUUUAUUUAUAUACGAAGUUGCCAGAUUUGGUAAUUGAUAAUUGUUUUAGUUGGAAUUUCUUUUCAGUUUCCGACAAAGCAUAAAUGAAACGGUGUUACUUCAUGUAUGCAUCUUGCAGCUUGCAUAUUGGAAAUACCAUCGUUACAUUACGAAUAUUAUGUUUUUAAUUAGAUUUAUUUUAUCAAUAUUGCACCGAUGUGAUUGUUAGUAGUCACAAUUAUAUUUUUAAGCCCAUGGUUAGUAUUGUAUGUCGAGAUGGAUCGUUUAGAUUUUUUGUUUAAGUUAUUUAUUUAUUACAUGUUUUAUUUGCAAUUAUAAUUUACUGUCAUUAAAUUAGUUUUAUAUAUAUGUUUAUUUUUCAUCCAGUCCAUUUUGUUUUCAAUCCCUUCUUUUUUUUCCAUCCUCGUAAUUAUUUUUACAAUACGGAAUAAUGAUUGAAACGCAAUAUUUUUACCUUUUUAUACAAUUAUUUAUUUACCUUCUAAUGUAAGAUUGGUUGAGAUUUAUAUUUUUUGUAAGUAUGUACGUUUGGUAGUUUAGUGUAGUGAUGCCUUAACUGCCUUAACGAGUAGGAUUAAUUAAUAAUAAGAUAGAAUUUAAAUUUAUAGAUUUGCGUAGAUUUUAUUUUAUUACAUUUUUAUUUCUGCCUUUCGACCUCUUUGAGUCACUACUAAAUCUUCGUCUUCGUACUUAAUUUUAACCUAUAAUCGCCUUCGUUAGUUAGUUCGAAUCCUGUUUCUUGUAGUUGUAGGUUCUGAUAACAUCUGAAGCCUGGUAGGGGCGUGCGAAUGGUCGUAGCGAGUGGUCGUUGUCAGUGAUUGCUAUUUUGUUAUAUUGGUUUAAAUAAAAUUUGCUAAAGUUCAUUUGAAUAAAGUUCCGUGUACCUUCUAUACAAUGAAUGCUAGCAAAAUUUAAUUAAGACCGUAUCAUUUACAACAUCUUGCAAUAUAAAUCAAACACUGAUAGCGGUUAGUCGACGUACGAUGGCAUAGGAAGAGAAAACAUACCUCAUUUAAGUCUAUUGAAAAUAAAUACCUCUAAAAUUUAAAAGCAAUAAACCACUGUUGCCUCAUACGAAUAAGUUGGAUUCGGACUACCUCAUAUAUCGGUAAUGUAAGUUAGAUUAAUCGGUUAGGUUAGGAAAAGGUCGCGACGUCGACAUUUUUACACCCUCGAUUUAGCCCUUAUUAAGUACUUUUAAUAUCCAUUAGCUAACAUACUCGCCAAUAAUUUAAGAUUUUGCCUAUUAUUAGAUAGUUUACCUACAUUGGUUUCCUGCUCCUUUAGUGCGGUUCAGUUACCUCCCAAGUUGUGUGAAUACCUAGAGACAAAGCUGCAACGUUCGAUGUCUUUAUGAACAUAAAUUAUAUUUUGUAUUUACUCGCGGAUCGUGUUCAAUGUGCCUACAACACACAGAAGAUAUAUUUAUUAAAGCUGUUAAAUACUGUUAUAUAUUAAUACCAUCGAGACGCCUUAAACGAAACACUUUAAUUGGAGACUUUUUCACGGUGCCUCUAUUUUUUUAUUAUUUCGCAGCGUAAACUAUAGAUCUUGGAUGAGGUCGUUAUAGAUUCAAAUUAUGAAAAAAUCGUAAACUAUUUAUUUCGUGUAUCAAUAUUUUUUUAAAUUUAGUUCUUAACAUUGCAAGGUCUCUAAUUAGAUUGUUAUUGUGUAUUCAUUACUCCAAUUUGUCCAAUCAUCUCUACAGCAAAAGUACAGGUUCCUGUUUUCUUACUACUGAAGUCGCAUUUUUCAAUUGGUUCAAAAGUACGCUAUGACUUGAUUAUAUGACAAAUUCGUUUAGGUAUAUGUUUAGAUAUUUGACUGCAGUUUAUGUUUGAUCACGUAAUCUUUAUUAAUUUUUAUUCGCAAUAAACCGAAAUAAUAAAUUUUAUAUCUAGUCCUUAAAAGAAGUAGAGAUCAAUGGACAACUUGCUAGGUAUAAUUUAUAAUUCUUCAUAUUAAUAAAAAAUACAAAAAAAUCUAAAAAACAAAAAAAAAAAAAUGCAAAAUAAAAAAAACAGGUUAUUUAGUUGUACGAAAUUAGCGGCUAGAUGACGAAUAUAAUAUGAACAACUAGGUAUCACAGUUUUGCCUUGCAUCGUGUAUAUAUAGUCCUUAAACGAAGUAGAGAUCAAUGGACAACUUGCUAGGUAUAAUUAACAAUUCUUCAUUAUAAUAAAAAAUAGAAAAAAAAAUUAAAAAUCUAGAAAAAAAAUAUACUAAAAACGCAAAAUCAGAAAAUAAGCUUAUUUAGUUGUACGAAAAUAGCGGCUAGAUGACGAAUAUAAAAUGAACAUCUAGGUAUCACAGUUUUGCCUUGCAUCGAGUAUAUAUAGUCCUUAAACGAAGUAGAGAUCAAUGGACAACUUGCUAGGUAUAAUUUAUAAUUCUUUAUAAUAAUAGAAAACCAAAAAAAUAUUAAAAGCCGAAAAUCUGAAAAUAAGGUUAUUUAGUUGUAUGAAAUUAGCGGCUACAUGACGAAUAUAAUAUGAACAUCUAGGUAUCACAGUUUUGCCUUGCAUCGUGUAUAUAUAGUCCUUAAUCGAAAUAGAGAUCAAUGGACAACUUGCUAGGUAUAAUUUAUAAUUCUUCAUAAUAAUAAAAAAUAAAAAAUACAAAA